UGUUUUCUUUUUUCGUUUUUUUUUUUCGUUACUACGUUCAUUUUAUAAUCGCAAUGCUGUUGUAUGUACGCAAUUAAUUUAUCGUAGUAAAUUCGUUGGUCAGUCGGUCAGUCGGUCGGUCGGUCGGUCGGACGGAUGAUCGAUUGAUCGAUCGGUCGGAUGAACGAACGGACGGACGGUCGGUCGGUCGGUCAGUCAGUUGGUCAAUCAGUCAAUUAAUCGAUCGAUUACUCGAUCGGUUGCUCGAUAAAUUUUGCAAACGAUUUCAUUAGCGUCGUAGUGAAAAAUAAUUAAUGUAUUUUCAUGUCUUCCCUCUUAACGCUAUCAUCGAUGUUAUUAAACGAUAUCAAUCCAUGGCCUGGGUCAGAUACUACAAUUUUGACUCGUCAUUCUUGUUCCUGUUCUAUCCGUACGAACAGUGUAUCUUUCUCCGACAUUACUUCUUUCUCCGGCGGAGGGUUUGCUCACUCGGUGCUAUGUCUACGUACUCCCGUACUCAGGAGAGCGACGCGUGGGCCCUUCUGGCACUGAAGUCGGCACCGGCCAGUCCGACGAAGAUGCAGUGGAACCCGGAGGCAAAGGGUGCACCGAUUGCACGACUGGAGGGUCGCGAGUUCGAAUACAUGGUUAGACAGCGACGUAUCACUAUCGGACGUAACAGCAGCAGGGGUGAGGUCGACGUCAACAUGGGCCACUCCAGCUUUAUCUCGCGACGGCACCUUGAAAUAUUUUAUGAUCACCCCUUUUUCUUCAUGAUUUGCAACGGUAAAAAUGGUGUAUUCGUUGACGGAGUCUUUCAACGAAAGGGCGCGCCUGCCUUUCAAUUACCAAAGACAUGCACAUUCAGAUUUCCAAGUACAAAUAUCAGACUGGUAUUUCAGUCAUUAGUGGACGAACAGGAGCAGAACAAUGUACGCGUACCUUCUCCACCAAAACACAGAGCACCGUUGCCACCUUUACGUAUUAAUAUUCCGGAUACAGGAUAUAGCAGUCCGUUUCCUUCUCCCACUGGAACUAUCAGUGCUGCUAAUUCGUGUCCUGCUAGUCCACGAGCAGGACAGGGAAGAAGAAACAUAUCUGCGGACCUUCAAAUGGUGGCAGUGUACGCAGCUGCUGUUGCCAAUGAUCCUCAAAAUUCAAAUUUGGAAAGACACGAGGGUGGACAGAGUUCUAGCAGACAGAUAAGCCCCGAGCUAAGCGUGGACUCUAGAUACAGAGGUGGAAGCAGUGCCGGACCAAAUGGUACUGCAGCAAAUUGUAGUCCGCCAAAGGACGAUUCAAAACCGCCGUAUUCGUACGCGCAGCUGAUUGUUCAGGCCAUAGCGUCUGCGGCGGAUAAACAGCUCACGUUGUCCGGGAUUUAUUCGUACAUUACGAAGAAUUACCCGUAUUAUAGAACGGCGGAUAAAGGGUGGCAAAAUUCCAUAAGGCAUAAUCUUUCGUUGAAUCGUUAUUUCAUUAAAGUACCGAGAAGUCAAGAGGAACCAGGGAAGGGUUCAUUUUGGCGAAUCGAUCCUCAGUCCGAAGCGAAACUGAUAGAACAGGCAUUUAGGAGAAGAAGGCAACGUGGCGUGCCAUGUUUUCGAGCUCCUUUCGGUCUCUCGUCACGGAGCGCACCCGCUUCACCGUCUCACGUAGGAAUCAGCGGGUUGAUGACACCAGAAUGUCUGAGUAGAGAAACAUCGCCAGGCCCAGAAUCUUAUCCGGACAGUUCUGUACCUUCGCCGGCUGGUCAAUUGACUAGUCAAUCCGCACCAGGAUCACCCGGUCAUCCGUACGCGCCCUCGAGCCAGUCGUCUCAUAAGGGUCGUCUGAUGCAACAGAUUACCGUUGUCACGAACGGUGUUACGAGUGAUUCAGCUAGAGAAGAUAAGUAUGUUGUAUCCGGAAAUGCUGCAGAAGAACAUUCUCUUUCCCCGGCCGGUCAGUACAGUCCGGCUCCUGUUAUUGUACAAACGACGUAUAACUACAGCGGAAGUUUUAUUGGUCCCGACGCAGGCGUCGGUGUUUCAAAGCGUCCGCACGAGGAAUCGGAUAGUUCUCCAGGUUCACCGGCACCGCUUGCAAUCGUCGAAAGUCCCGAGCCAUCCGAACACCAACAACCACAGACGAAACGUCAACGCGUUCACGAUAUGGACGAUCAUUGAAUCGUUGUCCUAUGGCAUCGUUACUGUCGGUACAGGGAGACGACGCGAGCUUUCGCGCGUUCGUAGCAAGAAGGGAUUAAUUGUUGCAAGACGUUUGUAUAGAGAGGAUACGUCGGAUGAGAAACUAAGUACUUUGCCACGACGUGUAUCGAAGAAGCUGAGAAUCUCAUUGUCGAUAGAAAAGAAAAAAAGGAGACGUUGCAUUAUUAGAUCAGCCGAUGUCGUUCGCGUGUACGCAGAGAAGGAAGAGAAGCUAGUAUCUCCUGUCGUUCAAGAUGAAUUUUCUUGGUGGAACGCAGUAAACGAUAUUAAAGGAGCCUCGUGCAGUCGAGUCGGAGGACUCGACUUGUCUUUGUAAUUUUUCUGUACACGUGUUUCGUUGAACGCGCAACUAUCGCUGUAAAGGUUUGGCAAAAUCGGGAAAGACGUCGUGUUCCCGAUCAUUGUCGUUUAUUCGCCGAUCGAUCGGUAUCGAUGAUGCCGCUGUUCAUGUUCGUCGGGAUGCUCCGGGAAGCCGUAGACACGAAUCGUAGAUUGUAGUUGUGCGUACGAUUCUACAAAGUUUCUAUUUAAAGAACAAGCAAUAAUUUUACGCUGAAUACGUCGAUCGAAAUUUCUUUUUGACGUGCCUGUUUAUCUAACGAAGAUAUUAACGUACUAUAAUCACAAACAGGAAGAGGUGAUAGUAUUUUUGUUGCCACUUGUAAAUAAACUCUUAAACGAAUAAGUA